UGACUCACCGAGUCCUCUCACUCGUUUAGCUUUUUAAUAAGGUUUUCAUAUAUGUCAAGUUGAGUUUUUUUUUGUUGUUAUUUUAAGGUUUUAAAAAACCAUUGUUUGACUCAAAAAGCAGAGGAGAGUGGGGACUGGAGAAUAGGGAGUGAUGGUGAAGUGGAUCUGAAAGGUGAAAAUUUUCAGUAGGUAGAGCCCAAAGCUAUCAUCUUUGAAUCAAAGGGUGAUCAAAUGCUUUAGCACUUUGGUUUGGUUUUUCUGUCUUCCGACACACUCAGGAAAUGACGCACCCUUCUUUCCACAAGCUUCUUCUACCCUCCACUCUCCAACCCAAACAACUGACUGGUUGAGUGGUUGUGAAGAAAAGUCAGAAAAUUUCUUUUGGGACAAGGUCUUGGGAUUUUGGAAGACAGAGUUCUUUGUGUUGGCUCACUCGAAAUUAGUGUAGAACUUGAAGUCAAUAAAGUGUGAUUGGUUAAUUUUAUGUCUUUUUUCAACAGUGAUCUCACUAGUAAGCUUUUCAGCUUUGUCCACGUUCCUAAGUGAAAAACACCCUGUAAAAUAGCCAGACUUUUUGGUUUUCUUGAAAUUAGACUCUGUUGGUUGACCAUGAUUUGGUGAUUGGUUCUUCUACAGAAGAAAUAAGCUUUAGCUGGGGGAAUUCUGAGAAAUCACAUGUUUAACAUAUAUGUAUAUAACAUCUAUCUUUUGAUUGAGCACUACCAAUUUCUUUUCCCACAGGUUCUAGUUAGUACGAAACAGUAAUCAUGCAUUUGAACAGUGUUUCUCACAGUAUACACUCAAAUUGAUCUUAAAAUAGUUAUUCUGUGUUACUUAGGUAGAGAUUUGUAAGUAUCUCACAACUUACAUUGGAACUGAUAGAGGAAGAACCUGAACUUGAAGUAAAUCCAUAUCCAUUCUGCAAUUAUAUUAAAAAAUAUUUGUGGAAGGGAAUCUGUAUUGAAUCCAAUUCUGUCUUUGAUAUUUGAGCUUCAUCGGUCACAUUAGCUCUAGAAUUGUAGCGGGGUUUGAACUUCUUUUGAGAAUUAGUUUAGUUAAGAAUCUGAAGUUGAGUUUUGCACACAUCUCAAACCAUUUUUACUUAUAGUACCAUCCGUUGUACAUUAUUGUACAUCAUUAGAUAAAUUUGGUUCUUAGAGUUUAGAACAUCAUUGAGGUCUUGUCUUACAAAAAAUUACCAAUAUUUGGAAUCAAACUUGAUUUAUGAAUUGCAGAGGCUUCCAGAUGAUUUUAUGAGGAAAUAUGGAGGUGAACUUUCUCCAAUUGUUACCCUCUCUGUUCCUGAUGGUAGUGUCUGGCGUGUAGGGUUGAAAAAGGUAGACAACAAGUAUUGGUUCCGUGACGGUUGGCAAGAGUUUAUUCAGCACUAUUCCAUUGGCGUAGGAUACUUGUUGGUUUUCAGAUACGAAGGAAAGUCAUGUUUCAAUGUUCAUGUUUUUAAUUUGGCUACUUCUGAGAUAAACUAUCAAUCAGCCAUACGAUGCAGUAAUGAAGGGCCUCACUUUGCAAAUCUUAAGUUUUUUGAGGAAAUGGAUGAUGAAGAUUCCAUUGAAAUCUUGGAUUCACAACCUUCCCAUCUUGCUCCAAGUUCAUUGCAAAAUAGAGUUCUGGCUGGUUCAGUAGAUAAAAUGUUGCCUGCAAAGAGUUAUACACCUCCAGCAUUACAGAAUCUGUUCAAUGGAUCUAAACUCAACAGCAUAAACUGGGGAGAGGGUGGUGAUACGCAUUGUUCCAAAAGUGCCAAUUCACUGGAUAAUCGAUUCACCAGAGACAUAGGAGUUCAAUUUAACGCGGUGGAGUUUAAAAAAUCUACUGAGGAAUUGAAACUACGUGCUUCCAUGGAGGAAAGGAUGAAGAAAACUGCAAGAAAGAAGCGGAAAACAGAUGGACAUGAAGCCUCUGCAGAGCAAGAAGAGGAAGUUGAAAUGCGCUUCAGAUUUUAUGAAAGUGCUUCUGCAAGAAAAAGAACUGUGACAGCAGAAGAAAGAGAGAGGGCCAUCAAUGCAGCAAAAGCAUUUGAACCACCUAAUCCUUUCUGUAGGGUUGUCCUAAGGCCCUCCUACCUAUACAGGGGAUGCAUAAUGUAUCUGCCAUCAUGUUUUGCAGAAAAACAUUUGAAUGGAGUUUCUGGGUUUAUUAAACUUCAGAUUUCUAAUGGGAGACAGUGGCCAGUUCGCUGCCUUUAUAGGGUAGGUAGAGCCAAGUUAAGCCAGGGUUGGUUUGAGUUUUCAUUAGAGAACAAUUUAGGAGAAGGUGAUGUGUGUGUGUUUGAGCUUCUUAGAGUGAAAGAAGUAGUGCUGCAAGUUACCAUCUUUCGCAUUACUGAGGAAGUUGCAUUGUUGAACCCUCCUCCUUUGCAGCAGAACCAAAACCUGAGCUCAGUUAAACUGCUGAACACUCCCUUGCAGCAACACCUUAGUUCAACUAAAAUGGUUAGAAAUUAGCAGCAGGUUCAUCACUUAUAGCUCGACUGUAUCAAAUAAUCCCUUGCUUAUGUGUGGAACUCAGAUGCACUUUUCAGGGUGACUUGAGUGGAACAUAGUUAUUAUAGUUUUCAUACUUUUCUCUCAUUCAUCUUCUUUUGACUUGGGUUGUAAAUAGAUUGUUCAAUCUAGCUCAUCAGAAACCGAGUCAAUGUUUUUCCUAUUGCUGUUUUUCUUUUCCUUUCA